GCGCUCGCUCGCUGCGAGCUGCCAUGGGUCUCUCAAGCGUCGCUCCGUCGUCGCUGCUCGUCGCGCUGGUCGCGCUGGUCGCCUGGGGCGGGCUGGCGGCCGCGAGGCAGCUGUCUCGCCGCGACCUGGUGCAGGAGCUGCGCAGACAGGGCUUCGCCGAGGCGCAGCUGCGCAACUGGGUGUGCCUUGUGGAGGCAGAGAGCUCGCGCAACACGGCUGCAGUCGGCGGGCCCAACUCAGACGGCAGUCAUGACUACGGCUUGUUCCAGAUCAACGACAGGUACUGGUGUUCGCACGGCAGCGCAGGUAACGGGUGCCAAGUCAGAUGUGAAGACCUGAUCACGGACAACAUCGACAGAGCCUCCGCGUGCACCAAGAAGAUAUUCUCCAUCCACGGCUUCAAUGCUUGGAACGGCUGGAAGAGCAAGUGCCAGGGGAAGCCCCUGCCAGACAUCACAGGCUUCUAGCGCGCACAAGCUUUGCAUGAGCUGUCCGUGUGGACAGCUGCACAACUGUCGUUUUCCUCGGAUGUUACUAACAACAUUGCUCUGUACAUUAUUAUAUUCAUCGAAGGCUGAACUGCAUUAUACUUUACAGAUACACAUGUCCUGCGAAAUUAAAGCAAACUGCAAAGGAUGUUUAAAUAAAUAAUUAUUUUUAAAUGCUA